UUAACCAAUUAACACGAAUUUCCUUAGCAGCAGUGACCAAAUAAAGCGUAAUUAAAAAAAAAAAAACAAUUAACAUUGGCCAAUAGCAGUAAAAGAAAAAACAAUUAAUAUUUUAAAUUGAAGAAUAAAGUAUAAUGCCGGAUUUUUUAGCAGAAAAUAACAACUGCGGUCAAAAUAUAUUGCUUUUAGUUGCAAGGGGCAAUGCUAUAAUAGCUGAGUUACUUAGGCUCAAAGAUUACAUUCCAGAGGUUUACAGGCUUGAAAGUAAACAAGAGUUACAGAAAUAUGGAGAAAUUAUUCAGGAUUUUGAUUAUUUCAGAACUUCGGAAAUUCAGGAACAGAAAAUUGAAGAUAACGAGACUUUACGUGAGUUAGAUGAACAAUUUCGGGACAACCACAUUGAAAUAAUAAGUAGGUUUUACUUAGUAUUUGAGAGCAUACAUACUUACAUACUUGAUUUGAAUCAUUAUAUUGAAGAAUUGGAGGAAGGAAUUUAUAUUCAUCAAUCGUUGGAGUCUGUUUUUCUUGAUUCUGAAGGAAAACAACUUUUGUGUGAAGCUUUGUAUUUGUACGGACUAAUGCUCUUAAUGGUUGAUGCAUAUGUUGAAGGCUCAGUUAGGGAAAGGCUACUGGUUUCAUAUUAUCGAUAUACUCCACAAAGAAGUGACACUCAAAGUUGCAUUGAUGAGGUAUGCAAGUUGCUCAGAGAUACUGGUUUUACUAACCCAAAAAAGCCCUUAAAUUAUCCAGAAGAAUAUUUUAAACGCAUAGACAUAAAUAAAACAUUUGUGGAUAUGGUUAUUGGAAGACUAAGAUCUGAUGACAUUUAUGGCCAAAUAUCAGUGUAUCCCUUACCGAGGCAUAGAAGCACUGCCUUAGCUAACCAAGCUUCUAUGCUUUAUGUGUGUUUGUUCUUUUCAGCAAAUAUCUUACACUCUCAUACAGCCGUUAUGCGUGAAAUAGUUGACAAAUACUUUCCCGACAAUUUUAUUAUCUCAAUAUACAUGGGUUUCAUAGUAAACCUAGCUGAAACAUGGGAUUCAUUUAAAGCUGCCAAAUUGGCAUUGAAUAACACUCUAGAGCAGAUUAAUAUUAAAGCCCACGCAACUACCUAUGGUAAUAAUGUUAUCGAAUUGUUGAAAACUACGAAUAAUAUGUUAAAAGAGGGAAAUGUGACCAAAGAAUCCUUACUGAAAGAUAUCGACAAAAUUGUUAAUGUUUUAAGGGAAUGUAAUGUGACUCUUAGGUGGUUAAUACUCCACACAGUGAUCAAACCAGGAAGCACAGAUAAAAACAAAAGGAUAAAACAGUUGCGUGAUGUUAUAAUAGCUGAGUCUAACAUUGAACAAUCAUAUUUAUUCAAACUACUGUUAAACACAGCUCAGUUUGAAUUGGUUACCAGGGAACUAUUUAAAUCCUUAUUUUCUGAAAAGGAAAGUAAAUGGGAACUUUUGAAAAUUGAAAGUCACAAAAGUCUAACCGAGUUAUCUGAAGUGUUUAGUGGCACUAAGCCGUUAACGCGUGUACCAGAAAAUAAAGAUCUUCAAAAAUAUUUUGCCAAAAUUGCAGAGGAUGUGACGUUAUUAAAUAAAGAUGAGAUUAGCUCCUCCAGAAUUCUGGCUCAGCUGAUUCAGGCGUUGGAAGAAGUUCAGCAAUUACAUCAACUUGAUACAAACAUGCAGAUAGUUCAAUUUUUGUCUGAGACCCGCAAUGAUUUACACCAGAUGAUUCGAACUAUGAACAUAAAAGAAGAUGUACUAAUUAAUUUACAAGUGAUUGGUGAUGUCAGCUAUGCUUGGGAACUUAUAGAUUAUUAUACUUUCAUUAUGCAAAAUGGCAUUAAAAAAGAACCGACUUUGGUAAUCAAGCUGCGAGCUGUAUUUCUAAAACUAGCCAGUGCAUUAGAACUUCCACUUUUAAGGAUCAAUCAGUCUCGCAGUGAAGAUUUAAUAUCAGUUUCUGAAUACUACAGCCAUGAGCUUGAGAUCUAUGUUAGAAAAGUGCUUCAAAUAAUUCCAAACACCAUGUUUGAGAAGCUCGCCAGAAUUAUUACAAUACAGACGUCGGUUAUUAAAGAAUUGCCUACAAGAAUAGACAAAGAUAAGCUUAAGGAUUAUGCUCAACUGGACGAGAGAUUUGAGCUUGCUGAACUCACUCAUUCGGUUGCAAUUUUUAGUCAAGGUAUGCGGAUGAUGAAGAGUUCUUUAGUAGGAGUAGUUCACUUGGAUCCCAAAAAGUUGCUUGAAGACGGGAUUCGUAAGGAACUAGUUCAAUAUAUUUCACUCGCGAUCCACAAUGAACUAACAUUCUGCCAAAAAUCGAAACCAGAUGAAUUGGAGAUAAAGCUAAAGUCGUUAGGUCGUAUUAUGGCUGGUUAUAAAAGAUCGUUUGAAUACAUUCAAGAUUAUAUUAACAUAAACGGUUUAAAGAUAUGGCAAGAAGAAGUAACGCGCUUGAUCAACUACAAUGUCGAGCAGGAGUGUAAUGGUUUCCUUAGAAACAAAGUACAUGCUUGGCAAAGUGUGUAUCAAAGCAGAUAUGUACCAAUACCGAUUUAUCCACCCACAGAAGGUAGCGAGAACUUCAUCGGAAGAUUGGCUAGAGAAGUGACGCGAUUAACUGAUCCCAGGUGUUCAGUAUAUUUGCCGCAAACAUGCACAUGGUAUGAUAUAAAAACACAUAAACCAAUAUUUAACAAGGAAACUAUUGCCCUCAUCGCCUCUGCUAUUGAGGUAGCAGGUCUUGUAGGUCUGGACAGACUUUAUUCUUUCAUGAUCAUCACGUCACUACAGAAAAUUAUAGGGCAAUUAGAGAAUAAAAACGCUAAAACUAGUGCAUGGUAUAAUGUUAUGGCUACCAUUCAAAAUGAUUUAAAACAAAACCCAGAGGAGCUGCAAAAUCCACAAAGAACUUAUCAAAACUACAUUAAUCGUACUACUAAAAUUUGGGGCGAGUUUUUGGAAAAAAUUUUAGCUGUGGGUCAGCUUCAGCUUUUAAGGAAUUUGAUAGCAUUUCAUUUGAAUAAGUCUUGUAAAUUUAAUGCCAAAAAUUUGGAAGCCUCCAUGAAUUCCCUCAAUAAAUCAUUGCUGCAUGACAUGACAACUGACAAAUCAUCGCCCGGCGAAAACUUUUUGCACAAACUCUCGGAACUUUUCGACUACGCCGGCUUAAACGAGCCUUUUAACAAAGUCUACGUCACAUGCAGAAAUAACAUCGAUUACUCUUAUUCCAUGUUCAUUUUUGUAGUGGCUCACAUCCAAAAAAUGUUCCUGCCACAAAAUUUUGGUAACUUAAGCAAGCGUAACGUGGACCAGUUAGACGGUGUGUCAGUUUCGAUAGGGGUGCACACAAUAUUAAAACAGUUUCACGCUGAUAUAAACAAACAAUUUAUCAAAUUAAUGUGCGACUAUGUCCUACAGUUUAUCAAAUUCAAUGGGAAUAAAAAUGUCGAACUGCUGCCAGAGGUGGUGAUAAUGUUAAACUUUUUAGAAUGUUAUACCGACUACUCAGAAAACUCUCGGAAGUUUUACAGAGAGUUCUUGCCGCAAGAAAUACUACAUCUUCAACAAUCGUUAUUUUCUGGCAACCUAUAGCAAUACAAGAUAUUUUGGUCGAGCAGACUGAAAAUGUUUAUUCGGAAUAUGGAAUGAAAAAUGUGAUAUCCAGUUAUAUAUCUAUUCUUAUAUUAAAUGUUUAUUAUAAAAGUUUUAUAAUAAUCCUAAUUGU